AUGACCAUGCCGCCCGUCCGACCAUCCGACUCGGCCAAGGGCCGGAGGGAAAAGAUGAGCAUCGGCCGACCGACCGCCUCUCCGGCCCUCUACUUCUCGUCCAUCUCUCUCACGCUUCUUCGUUGUCUUUUCCCACUUGCGCCUUAUCCUACGCGGCUUCCUUCUUCGGCCUUCACUCCUUUCGGUCGACCAAGUCUUGACGACUCUUUUCAUUCAUUCGACAGUGCAACUGUAGACGCGAAGCAGGCUGCGGUCCUCCACUCCCGUUCCCUUGCCGACGUGCGUGAGCUCGUCGACGAGACCAAGAGUCAUCUCGAGAAUUGCUACGACGCCAGGAGUGGUCAUCUCGACGACGACGAAAACACCGCAAUCAUGAAGUCUAUUGCCACGCUAGGCAUGCUCGCCGCUGCCGUCACGGCCUCCGUGCCCCGACACCAGUACUUUUCUCGUACCAACAUGACGCUUUCGGGUGCCGGUGAGUCGGCGUUGGGUGCUGGUGAGACGGCGCUGGGUGCCAGUGAGACGGCUUUGGGUGCCAAUGAGACGGCUUUGGGUGCCGGUGAGCCGACUACGAGUGCCGGUGAAACGACUCCGGGUGCCGGUCAGACGACGUUGACCGUCCUGGCGACCAAGGUGUACAGUGUCGUCAGCUGCGCUCCCUCCGUCACCAACUGCCCCGCCCAGAAGUCGGUCAUCGAUUCCCUCCCAGAAUCGGAGAAGGCGCUUCACUUCGUCACCAGUGUCUAUGCGCUGUCCACGACCGUCUGCCCCGUCACGGACGCCUCUCGCAUCGAGAGUAGCAUCUCCUCGGACCACUCGCUUACACCAGUUGUCAACGCCUCGUCCCCGACCCUUGGCCCCGAGAACCCGCCGAUCGUUCCCGAGACACCGGCCACCACCGACGACACUCCCAGGACGCUGUCCUACACCCUCGGCUCGGGUACUCGGGCCUCUGUCACGACAGCCGUCAUCGGCAACAAGCAUGGCCGUCCUUUUCCUCCACCUCGACCAACACCUCAGAGCAGCGACGAGUCGACGACGACGCGGACGAGGACCUCGUACGCUACCCGUACCGUCGCUCGUCCUUAUCUGAUCCCUGACAGCGGCAGGCCCGACGGCGGCAACCCCGACGGUGGAAACCCCGACGGCGGCAUUCCCAACGGCGGCAACCCCAACGGUGGUAACCCCGACGGCGGCAUUCCCAUCGGCGGCAGGCCCAAUGGCGGCAGGCCCGACGGCGGCAACCCCGACGGUAGCAAUACCGACGGCGGCAUUCCCAACGGCGGCAACCCCAACGGUGGUAACCCCGACGGCGGCAUUCCCAUCGGCGGCAGACCCAAUGGCGGCAGGCCCGACGUCGGCAACCCCGACGGCGGCAAUCCCGACGGUAGCAAUACCGACGGCGGCAUUCCCAACGGCGGCAACCCCAACGGCGGCAACCCCGACGGCGGCAUUCCCAUCGGCGGUAGGCCCAAGGGCGGUAGUCCCCAGGGUUGUGACGGCCAGUGCCCGCCUCCCUCGACAGUUACCGUCACCCUUCCCGCUUCCACCGUCUACGUUACCGCCUGCCCCAGCCCCAACCCGGCCGAUGGCGGCAAGAAAAGUGGCUUCGAAGCUGACAACAAUCUCGGCGGGCAAGGCAGCAAUGAAAAUGGCUAUACAAAUGGCAACCAAGAAACAGGCAGCCAAGGUGGCCCCGAAGCUGACAAUACAAGCGGCAACAAAGGUGGCUUCGAGACUGACAAUGAAAUCGGCGACGAAAGUGGCAAUGGUAGUCCCGAGGGCCCCCCCUCCCCUGCUGGCCCUUUCCCGAGCGGAUACAACAGCACCUACUAUCCUGCCGGACGCAACGGCACCCAUCCCGGCUCGGCUCGUCCCUCUGGCCUCCCCACCCGACGUCGAUGUGCGAAACGCAGUCACUCUGGGCCUGCGAAAUUCGCCACCGGUUCGGACUAG